AUGGCAAAGGUGGCAGCAAACAGUUUAAAAAUGGUCUCUUGCAGGAGAGGAAAGAAUUCGGCUGAUCAAAAAGCUAUCUUUGAUCUUCAAUGGCAAGCUAAACAUUCUGUAAACAAUGUUGCACCAUGCACAGGGAAGCCAGCAGUUGAUUAUACAGCACAAGAAUCUUUUUGGCACAUUUCCACCAAUCCUGAACCUAGUUUCCAUUUCUCCCAACUUGCUUAUCCCCUUCUGGAAGCAUCUGGGGCUGGAAUUAUGUUCAUUUCAUCUGUUGCAGGUAUAGUUAUAGCUGUUGAUGGAGGAUUAACUGUGAUUGGUUGCAAAUGGGACUAA